AUGAUGAGGGCUACUACGCGACUGAGCCGCCUCUAUGCUUCGCACCCUCAGAGAUGCCCAGUAUCAUACCUUGAAACGGAUGAGAAUGAGGCAAAUAUUGAUAUCUACAAAUCAGGGGGUACUGAUGUAUGCCCUCUGGUAGAUCCUUGCUUCCUUGUGCCAGCCGUGUUGAAUGGUCUCCGGGCGUCUACUCAAUACCGGAAUAUAACAGAGGUUGUGCCAGGUGAGGCCGACCACUUUUGUGCGGCUGAUAUCUCAAUGUACGGCGGUGUCUUGAUCACGUCUGACUCUGAUAUGCUCGUACACAAUCUUGAGGAAGGAAAGGUCACUUUCUUCCGAGACUUACACAUAAAACCGGGACUCUGCAUCAAGUUUUUAGGCUUCGCACCCAGGCAGAUGUUCGACAGGAUCGGCUUGGCGUAUCCCGAAAAAGCAAUACAACUAGCCUUUGGACGCAAAAUAGCUCCCCAGGCAACCCUUUCGCAAUUGAUCAAUAUGUGCUCAAGGCCAGCACCGCGGUCUGCUGAUUAUAUCGAGUUUCUAGGGAAUUACAUUCAGUCUGCAGAAGUAGCUCGCUUGCAUCAAGUCGCGUUGGACAUACCCUGUUUGAAUGAUUUGGACCCCAGGGUGUCCGAAUUCAUCCUGGAAUUUCACUUAAGACGCUCCAAUGUGUUUGCAAACUCUCCCAUCAAGGUGUUUCUACCUUCCUUGAUGGAAUGUCCAGGCCUGAGGAGCGCCUGGGACCGGAGCUCUCACAUACGCCAACUCGCAUACUCUAUCGCAAGCUAUAUUCUCCCUGAAAACGAUGGAUGCUUAGAGAUUCGGGAAUUCAGGCGCGUGGCGAGCGCCUUGCAUGCUGGUCGUAAAGUAAAACUUUUGCCGCCUCUCCUCGCGAGAGAGUAUGUCGACGAUAUCCUGUCAUGCGCAAAGUGCUUCAACGCUGAUAUCCAACUCCCUGGCAAUGACUUUUCGAUUUUUUUGGCAAUAGCGCUGGACAAAAUGGAAUCUUUCCAGAACGGGCGAGAAACACUUACGGAUACCAUUGAUGAGUGGUUUGACUGCCAGGCUCUGAAAUCGCGGGACAGUAUGUCAUGGGGCAAUGUUCACAUUGCAGCACAGGUGCAGGCGACGCUAUACUCACUGCGGGUCCUUCAGCAAAGCUUGCGUUCAGCACUCAGUCCCAAAAUAGGUAAACUUCUUCCAGGAGCUACAAAGUUAUGCACAUUGCUGUCCGAGCUCAUACCCGUAGAGCUCUAUCCUCCCCCCACUAAGCUACUAAGAAUGGUACGAGAUUUUCAACAAAGUAGGUCUCUGCAUUCUCUCGAUGCAAUUUUCGUCAAGAGGUUCUGCGAGGAUGAACCUAAUUCCGACAAGAGCGAUGGGAUUGAGUCAACUUUGACUGAUGACUCUGAGUCCAUUCUGUCUGCGCGUAGCGGCACGAACACGAAUUACGAUCAGAACAACCCCUUUAGUGUACUAGAUUUGGAAGGUUAG